AUGACUGAGUUCAAUCUGUCGAAGGUGAAAAGAGCCCGCCCAGAAUCCAUUAUUCGUUUGAACGACACAGAAAAACAUUACUUAGUCGAAGUAGUUGAAAGACAUCCAUCAUUAUGGUACGAUAGGGACCCUAAUUUUAAGAGCUACACAGCGCGCGCAUCGGAGUGGCGCAGCGUGAGUGAAGAUAUGGAAACCGAAUUUGGAUAUCCUUUUGAAGUGGAUGCGCUUCAGAAGAUUUUCAAAAAUCUGAGAGAUGUAUACAUAAGAAAAAGAAGAGAAUUUCAAGAUGUUUUGCGAAAGUCUAGCGGGUCGGAGUCGGGGGCACUUGAGAAAAUAACCUCGUGGCCAUUUUAUCGUGAAUUAGCUUUUCUAGAGUCGUCCACCGAUCAAGGGGAGAGAUACACGAAUAUUGACGUAGAAGAACUGGAGAAUGUUGUGGAUGCCAAUGAAAACGCAACGGAACAAGUUAGAGUUGAGCAGUUGACUACGAUGUUGAAAGCCGGAUUCGAGGCACCAGAUAAAUACGAAUCGAUCGCGCAGUCACUCGCAGCCGAGUUGAGGGAAUUCCACUUGUAUGAUCCUCGUGGAGCAGAGGAAUUUACAUUGCGAAUCCAUCAAAUUCAGUUGGAGUUGUCACGAUCUCUGCUAAAUGCGAAAAAAAUAUCUCGAAUUAAUACGCAUGGUAUCCUGAUAAGAGCACUUGUAUCGAGAUCAAAACAUGGUGUUUUGUCUGUCAAGGAUAAGGUAUUCAUGGAAAGACCACACACCUGCACUUCCUGUUCCAGAGCAUCCAUUAUGACUUCAGUGCUCUGUUCGUUCUUUCCAUGGAAUGCCAAUCAGCAAGGCCAGCUCAUCCGUCCCAUGCCGUCUUCGGAAAUGCUACAGUUGGACUGCUGA